AUGGACGCAACACAUCAUGCUCUACCUGUAUUCAACCAUUUGGCAGGCUGCCUAUUCCACCCUUGCCUCAGUUCUGACUUCCGGCGCUGGAGGAUCGCUCUCAAGAACUGGGCGUCGGCGUCCGGCAUCGAAGAGGUUGGACAAUACUAUUCUCUAAACUUCGCAAUCGUUCAGAAAACGAUUCAUUUGAAGCCCUGGUGUAAAGAAGAGCAUAAUCCUAACCUACCAAAAAUAAUUAAAAAGCCUACAGCCCCAACAGAAAUUCGUAACAUUCAACACAUGGGCCACGACUUGGAAAGUCUAGCCAAGCACAAACCUAGGAGC